UUCAAUAGUUUAAACGUGUCGGCCGCCCUUUGCUAUUCUCCGCCAUUUUGUAUCAGGCGAAUGCUAAUAAUGGGCGCUCGCGCAUUGCACUUUAUUUAUGGAUGGAAAUAAAAUUCCUUUAUCACUUGGACUGGAGAAACAAACAUCUUGAACAAGUCGAACAGAGCCUCGGCUUGUGUACGGGUGCGUUGUCACUGUGUGGACAGCUGACUGGAGUCGGGUUUGAUUUAAAGUAAACGAUGGGUUAAGAACGUUAUUACAGUGUUACCCACACUACACGCAUGUUAACACGCGCAAACGUCCAGUUUUCUCCUGGAAAACAUAACGGGCUGUGAUUUCCCCUUUUACUGAAGCCACACAACUAUGUGGACAUCACUGAACCGUGGAUUUCCACGAGAUUAUUUCAAAACAACGUAAAGCUGAACUUGUUCCUCUAACUUUUAUUUUACUCCCUCCCUUCAGUUUCGGAUGGCCUGAAUGCCACCGUGGCAUCGGGAAGAGUUUAUUUUCAGCCGUGUUUCUGGACAAAUUGUUCCGUAAACAAUUAUAAAUCCAUGUUUUAUCCGUAUUUAAGUGCUUGGUGCAAUCAAACCCGGCCGCGAGUCGCCCCCUGGCGGAAGAGCGCUGUACAGCAGAUAACGCGCAGCUUAUUUCGUAAGCCGAGUUGCGGGCGUCUCGCUGUCUCUGAUUUAGGAACAAGGUCUUGUGCAUGUUGGUGAUCCUCUACGAUCCUAAAGCCUGACAGAAUGAUAAUCGGUCACUUCGUGAAGUAGAGACGAAUAGAGACCACGGUUGUACAGAGGGAUGAUUAUUAGGCCUGUAAUUAAACUGGUAUUUUUAAUCGAGCUAUUCCUAGGUGUGAAAAGGGGAAAAUGACAGACACACCUGCCAGCAAUAGCUCAGCCUCAGGAGCAGAAUUUGACAUGAUGGCUGCUCUUGAUUGGAAGGAUGGCAUCGCUACGUUACCUGGCAGUAAUAUCCGGUUCCGGAUGACAGAAUUUGGGACGCUUGAGAUCGUAACAGAUCCAGAGCCUAAAGACAAAGAAGAGGAGUCUCCAUGCCUACAGCCGGAGUCUACACCCUCUAACGGCUCGUCAGAGCCACCCAGUCAUUCGAACCAGUCAGAAACAGCAACACCACGUACAUGUGAUGUGGCUCCAUCUGGACUGCAGACACAGACAGGUAGCUCCAGCACAACGAGCGCCAACAGAGAGGAUCGCCCCAAUGUAGAGAUGGUCAGCUGCAAGUCCUGUGGCCACUCAGGUUCCCGGGAGUCUUUUCUCCAGGGGAAAUUCUGCAGUUCUGGCUGUGUACAGCCCAGUAGUGGAAGGUCAACACCAGGUGAUACCGGAGAAGGUGAGCGUUUAGGUAAGCGAAUUCGAAAGAAGAAGAAGAUGUUCAUGGAGUCUGAGGAUGAUGAGGAGGACAAUAUCGAGGAAGAAGAGGAGAAGUUUAGAGUCUCAAAAGGCAGAAAAGCAGCCAAACUUGCCAGAUUGGUAACCGCCGCUCCUGCGAAGAAGAAGGCUUGGAGCUGGCCGGCCUUUCUAGAGGAAGAGAAAGCUGUGGCUGCCCCCUUAAAAUUAUUUAAAGAGCACCAGGCUUUUCCUCAGAGCAGGAAUGCCUUUAAGGUUGGAAUGAAGUUGGAGGGCCUGGACCCCUGCCAUCCUGCUUUCUUCUGUGUGCUCACUGUGGCGGAGGUCCAGGGUUACAGAACAAGACUUCAUUUUGAUGGUUAUCCAGAGUGCUAUGACUUCUGGGUCAAUGCCGAUUCGUGGGAUGUGAAACCACCAGGCUGGUGUGAGAAGAUGGGCCUCAAGCUGCUGCUGCCCAAAGGUUGCAAAGAUGGAGAAUUUAAUUGGAACACUUAUGUAAAGAAUUGUAGAGGCCAACUGGCACCCAAACAUUGCUUCAAAAGUCUUAAUACCUCAGUGACCCCCUCAGGCUUUCGUGCUGGGAUGAAGCUAGAGGCCGUCGACAGGAAAAACCCAUCUCUAAUCUGUGUAGCUACAAUAUCCGCCGUUGUGGAUAACCGCCUCCUCAUCCACUUUGAUAACUGGGAUGAUACAUAUGAUUACUGGUGUGAUGCCAGCAGUCCGUAUAUACAUCCAGUUGGGUAUUGUGAGGAAACGGAGUUAACCCUGACCACACCUGCAGAAAAGCUUCUCAGAACACACAUCACAUCGAAUGCGGUGGAGGAGCAAGCUCAAGUUCUACUUCUGUCAGCUAAGAGCAGCCACAGCUGUCGCCGGCACAUACUGACCAAAAUAGGACUGAUGAAGAUUGGAAAAAGACCAGGUGAUCAUCAGCUGUCCGGUUUUGAUGAGCUCAUGUUCUUGCCUGGCAGGAGUGGAACCCGCUGUGGUCUUCCACCUCAAGAGUAUAAGCAACCAAACAGUUUCUCAUGGGAGAAAUACCUGGAAGAGACCGGAACCCAAGCAGCACCUGCUAGAGCCUUCAAACAGAGACCUCCACAUGGCUUUCAGCUGGGGAUGAAGGUGGAGGCAGUGGACAAACGCAACCCCAUGCUCAUCCGCGUUACCACAAUAUCAGACACAGAGGACCACAGGGUCAAGAUCCAUUUUGAUGGUUGGAGCGAUGAAUACGAUUACUGGGUGGAUGCCGAUAGCCCCGAUCUGCAUCCUGUCGGAUGGUGUCAAAAGACUGGUCAUCCUUUGCAGAACCCCAGUAGUUCUAGUGAUCCCCAGGUCCCUCCAGGACAAGGCUGCCCUACUUCAGGAUGCAAUGGGGUUGGACACAUUAAAGGACCUCGCUAUGGAACACAUUACACGGCUGUUAGCUGUCCCUACUCUGAGCUGAAUCUGAAUAAGGAGGGGCUGCUGCCCGACAGGCUGAGCGGAGAGAGGCCAGUGACACUGAGUGGACCUACACGGCACAGGCGCACAGAAUCGGUCACACAGACUCCCUCAGCCACACCCACACCCACACCUACACCUACGGGCAGCAAUCCUGAAUCCAAUGAAAACAUGGACAACCCUUCACCAACCAAGACUGCCACUGCAGCCAAGUGCACUAAACCGAAUCAGGUGAAGAAUGAAGGAAAUGGAAAAGUUGACUCUCUGCAGCAGUUCUUGCAUGACUCUGUGUUCUGUGGCUGGGAGCCACCCAAAUUUCAGCAUUGCUGGGAGAAACAUGGCAAGCUGUUACCUGAAGCACUGGGUCUCAGUGCAAAGACAGUGGCCAAGUGGAGCACAGACGAGGUUGCCGGUUUUGUGAGAAAGCUACCAGGCUGCAGGGAGCAUGCUGCCAUUUUCAGGAAUGAACAGAUUGAUGGUGAAGCCUUCCUCCUCCUCACCCAGUCUGAUAUUGUAAAGAUCCUAAGUAUCAAGCUGGGCCCUGCUCUGAAAAUCUAUAACUGCAUUCUUAUGCUGAGGAGCGUAGAUGAGGAAUAGUGUGCUUAUGCCCUGAACGCCUGCCUUUUAGUGCUUCUGUACUUUUCAGUAACCACAAGGCAAUCUUUUUUUUUUUUUUUCCUUUCUUUUAUUAUUUUUAAAAAAAAUCUUUCCCAACUAUAUGACUCAUCUUUGCAGUGGUGAUAAAGUCCACAUUGUAUGUAGUCACUGAGGUUGCCCUAUGAUGAGCAAGUACUUGAGAAAAUUGAACAGACUGGAAUUUUAUCUGCUUAAAAGCAGUUUUCUGUGAUUGUCCCGUUAUAGAACCGGGCAUCGGAAUGUACAGGUUGGGUCUAAAUAUAAAAGUCUUCGGAGGACUAUGCUGCUAAACAGGCACACAAUCUUCUUUUUCUCCUGUUUUCCUCAUGUGUUUUUCUUCUAUCAUCUGUAUGUAGUCCUAACUGAAGUCUGCUACUUUACUCAAAAGUUAUUUGAUAAUUUGAUUCUUAUUAACUUAUUGUUAAUUUGAUUGUUUUUUUUUUUUUUAUUAUUAUUAACUUUUUGAACUCAAAAGUGCAUGGUUUUGAGGCACUGCAAUAUCAAUGCAUUAUUUAUGAUUUUUAUGGUUACUAAUUGUAUAAAUAAUUGGUUUAUGAAAUGUGAACAAAUUACACAUUGGUGGACCUUUUACUUGAAAUGUACAAAGUAAUUUUUAAAUUGAUGCAAAAAAACAAAACAAAACAGUUUUUGUAUAUGAACCCACAUCACAUCCACAAUAGUCAGGAUGGCUGUAUGUUAAGACCACUAGGAAGAGGCAAAUGCUUGUGGGUGUGGGUGUUCAUGUGGUCGUGUGUGUGUGUGUGUGUGUGUUUAAUCUGGAGAGAAAGAGACCGUGUACAUGUUUUACUUUGCAUCAGGGACUCUAUUAGUUCGGCCACAUCUUAAAAUGAAUGUCUAAUUUGCUAUGUAGUAGUGUCAAAAUUGUGCUUUGUGAUUUCCAUUUAAAAAUUUUGUAAAUUGAUGUACAGUGAAACUGACGUGGCUGUAUUUUGAUCCUUGAGGGUUUGUGUAUGUGAAAGCAAGAGGAACAUAAAGGCAGAUUCCAUUGAAAAUGAGAUAAAAAUGUCAGCAGUAAUUCUCGAGUCUUAACUGAUGGAAUAAAAUAAGCUCCGAGUUGCAGCUUAACACGAGGCAGUCUGUCAGCUUCAUGUUUUUGAAUAUGGAUGGAAU